GCAUAAUCCAGAGGGUGUGACCAAAUCGAACGACGCGAAAUUUUCAUACUUUGCCCAGUCUUCGGAAUGUGAAGGUCCUGCUCGUGUGUUGUGUUGCCUUUUUAAAAUUGCAAAAACAAAAAAACUAGCUCACUCAAAAAUACAAAAAAAGAAAGACUUAUUUUCGAAACAAAUGGUUUAAAUGAGAAGCAAGAAGCGCGAAAAACCACAAAAACAGCCCCAGAGAUGAAAGAUUAAGAAAAGCUUAUCAAAUUAAGAGUGCAACAAAAAUGCACGGCAAUUUGGAUUUGGUGUCAAGAGGUUAAGGAAGAAACUUUCAGGCCCGUGAGCACGUAGCUGGAACAAAAUCCCCAAACCCAAGUUAGCAGCAAGAGGGAACAAAACGCCGGGGGACGCCCACGCGCCGAUAAAAGCCAACGCGAAGGGGAGAAGGAAGAAGGAAAAGGAGGAGAAGUAGUAGCGAAAGCGGAAGCGGCGAGGAUACCAGGCGAGGAUGGGCGACUAUCACGAGUUCACGGACCAGUACAAGGUGCCGGUGAUAGCCAAGCUGCUCCACGCCCUGCCCCACUACAAUAUUACCUUUCACAAGAUCAACAGCACCUUUCGACCCAACGAUGAGAUCUAUUUGGAGAGUCUGGGCAUUUUGGGCUCGGUUCCGGCUGCUCUGCUUAUUGUCUCCCUGCUGGGACUGCUCUUCUAUCUGAUGACCCGAUGCUGUGACCGAAAACCACGUCCGGCCCAUUCCAUUACCAGCCUGAAGGUAGCUCUCUCGAUCGUCACCGUCAUGUGCUGUGCUGCGAUCGGCUUGGGACUGUAUGGAAACGAUGAUCUGCACAAUGGACUAUUGGAGGUAUUGACGGCGGGCAGGAAGGUGGAUAAUCUGGUGACCACAAUCCGGAAUCAGACGCACAUCCUUGAGAAUACGCUGACGAAUCGCAUCCGGCCGCAGUUGGUGGAACUGGCGGAUAUCUUUGACCAGCCGGUUUCCAAUCAGACCGCCCUCUCCAAGCUCUUCGUAUCGCUGAAUAUUGUCCAGGGUAAUGUUACGCUGGCUACCAAUGCGGCAUCCGACAUCCGACGGCCACUCAUGAGCAUCUCCAUGACACACUUCUUAACGCGCGGUGAUCAGUGGGAGUUAAUCCGCUGGCCGGGAACGGUGGCUACUCUGGCUCUGCUACUUGUCCUCUGUGCCGUGCUGCUGGUGGGCGUGGCCCGGCACUCGAGAUGUGCCCUCAUCCUAUUCAGCGUUUGCGGUUUGCUGGCCGUAACCGGAUCCUGGCUAAUGUCUGGCUUGUAUCUCUCCUCCUCGGUGGCCGUCGGGGAUUUGUGCAUCUCUCCAGCCGACUUUCUGGUCUCCACUGCCCCCCGGGAUCUGCCCACCAACGUCCUGCUCCACUACACUCAAUGCGAACCGGGACACACGAAUCCGUUUACCCAACGCCUCCGGGAAUCACAAAACUCGCUGAACAACGCCCGCAGUGCCAUGGCCACCGUUAUGAAGAUAUCCCUGGUGCUGUUCAAGUCUUCCGGCCUCCAGCCGAAACUGGGAGCUGUCAAUGCCGAUCUCAAUAGCAGUGAACGCCUGCUCACCCAACUGACUGCUCUGGUGGACUGUAAGGCGGUGCAUCAUAAUUUCCUGGCCGCUGCCCGAGGACUUUGUGAGGGCGGACUACUGGGAUUGGUCCUGAUGCUGAUUGCCAGCUUCAUAGCUGCCAUACUCCUGACGAUUAUGGUGUGGGUGGACUCGCACACGUGGAUAUAUAUCAGGAAGCGAAAUGACUACGCCCAGGUGGACGAACCAUCCUAUAUUUCACAUCCGGCUCCGCAGAAUCAUCAGCAAAUGAUGAAUGCAGCCAGGACGCUGCCAAGGAACCAUAAUGGGCACUUCAGCCCACCGGUGAUCAGUGGAUCGCACACCCUGCAACAUCCCAGCAAGCGGCAGCAGCACGAGAUGAUGGCCCACGCCCACAUCCAGCAGAACAUGCGCGCCAUGGGCACCCACACGCUGGGCAGGCUGCCCUCGCACAACCACAGCCCCACCCACAUGACCGGUCCCAAUAAUGCAGCAGCUAUUGCAGGAGCAACCCCCACGACAGCGGCCCAGCAGCAACAGGUACAACAGCAACAACAACAGCAGCAGCAGCAACAACAACAGGCACAACAACAAUUGGGUGGACCACAACCGAUAUAUUGCCAUCAUCCGCAUCAGCAUCCACAUCCGCAUCCACAUCAGCAUCCUCAUUCGCAUUCGGCAGCCGCUGUGGCAGCUGCAGUGCAGCAUCAGCAUGCCAUCUACCAUCAGCAGCAGCAGCAGCAACAGGCCCAGGCCCAGUAUGGGACGUAUACGACAGCCGCCCAUCAUGCACCGCAUCACUUGGGCCCGGGACAGAGUCAGAUAUAUCAGCAGAUUCCGGCCCAUUUGGCGCCACAAUUGGCGGCAGCGGCCGCAAACGGUAAUCCGCACUCGAUCUACCAGCCCCUGGUGGCGGUUAGCCAGGGCUCCAUUUAUGUCUCCAACUUGGCCACGAUGCGCCGGCAGAAUAGUCAGGGCGGCCCCCAGAUUCCGGCCCAUCAGCAUCCGCCGCCGAGUCUCCACCAGCAGCAACAGCAACCGCCACCGCCUUCCCAACAGCAGCAGCAAUUGCAUCAGCUCAAGUCACCGCAACAGCACCAGCAGCAGCUGCAACACCAGCAGCAACAACAGCAACACCAGCAACUGCAACAGCAACAGCAACACCACCAGCAGCAGCAGCAGCAACACCAUCAACAACAGCAACAACAGCACCAGCAGCAACAGGAAUCGGAUGUUAUACCCAUUAGCACGGCCAUGGAUAAUUCGAUUUAUGACCGGGACAAGCAGAUCUACAAGUGCUCCACACUGCGGCAGGGCGGCAAGUUCGAUCCCAAGUACAAGCCCUCAAUCCUCAACUGCCCACUGCCGGAAAUACCCAAGGAUGCCGAGCAGCCCAAGGUGGAGUCCAUCUACCAGCAGCAGCAGGCCCAGCAUCAGAAUUAUUCAAAGACACUGCAGCGUCCGCCGAUGAAGUUGCCGCCGCAGAUGAAGGCCAUACCGCCACCGCGCAUCGGCACGCCCACUUCGCCGCCACCGCCAGCCGCCCAGCCACUGGGUGAUGCCGGCGGCGGAGGAGGACCUGGUCUGCAGAAUGGCGGAGGUGGCACCGGAGGAGUCGGAGGAGGAAACACCAACGAGGACACAUCGCUGCCGCCGCCGCCGCUGGAGGCGCAAAAUGAGGCAACUGCCAAGGGACGAAUGGGCCAGGCGGCCAAUGGCAAGGUCCUGCACAAUGGAGGAGGCGGUGUCACCGGCGGAGGAGUGACCGGAGGAGGUGGCGGACAAGUGGACGAUGACGAUGAUCUGCCUCCGCCACCGCCAGCGAUAACCGACGAGAGUAAUUAUGCGGUGACGGAGCUGUAAAAUGGAAUCCAAUGGCAAAAAAAAAAAAAAAAAUGAUAUAAUGGGGAAAUGGAAUUGGUCAGGAUUUGGGAUUGGGUUUUGGGGGGUGUCUUCCUAGAAUUCGUGUAUGAUAGAAAUAUAUAGGCUAGAAAUGAAUCGGGAAUCGGGGGAGCAGAACGAUGAGAACGAUUAGGAAUGGUGGGUUUAAAGUUUGUUGGAGCGGCGAGUGUUCCUCUUCUUGAUUUGUUGCAUUUAACGUAUAUCGUAAUAUCGUAAUCGUAUCCUAGACCGGAAUCCUGCUUUUCGACUUUUUUGUACAUACUAUAUACUACACUAUAAACUAUAUCUUAACUUUAAACAAGGACAACAAGGACACUAACACACGCACACAGUGACCAAAACGACGGAUACCAGACAGUAAACAGGACACAGAAACUUGUAUUUGUAACAUAUAUCAGCGAUCUAUUACUUAUAUGAAUAUAUCUAUAUAUAUAUAUACAUAUACAUAUAUAUAUAUAUAUAUGUGUGUAUAUUAUGUAUCCAUUUAGGACACGGUUAUUCCUUUUUGAUAAUAGCAUAUUUUUACAAAUUUUAAAAAACAAAAAUUGUCGAAACGAAACAAUUUUUUUUAAAACCAAAAAAAAAGUUACCAUAACUUAUUUAUGAAACAACAAACCAAAUAAAUAUAUAUUAAUUGUAUGUAUACCCAAAAAAAAAAAAACCGAGGAAGAAAAAAUAACAGAAUGGAACCUAAAAACCUUCAAGCAACCACAAAAAAAUUAUUUAAAAAAAAAUUAAUUCGGAUCGUAGGCAUAAGUUCUAGAAUCGAAAAUGUAGUAGAAACUUUAGCAAAAAAAAAAAACAGAUUUUUUAAGGCAUUUAGGUCGAGAGUCAAUUUUUUUUAUAUAAACCGACUAACGGGUCUCUCAAUGGGCGUAUAAAUGGGUGUGGCAGUUUUUUGUUUAUUUUUAAAUAUAUGUGAUAUUUUGAAAUUCCUUCAUUCCAACAUGGUGUUUCCAA